AUGGCCACCGAAAAGAAGGAGAAGCUGGAGCCUCAGAUCAAGUCCGUCGAUAUGACGGAGGAGAUGCAGCAAGAGGCUGUUGAAGUUGCCACUGAGGCGAUGGAGAAAUAUCACAUCGAGAAGGACAUUGCCCAGUACAUCAAGAGAGAAUUUGAUUCGCGCAAGGGAGCGACAUGGCAUUGCGUUGUAGGAAGAAACUUUGGCAGCUUCGUUACACAUGAAACGAAGCACUUCAUCUACUUCUACCUCGGCCACUGCGCCAUCCUCCUCUUCAAGACGCAAUAG